GAAUAUAUAAAUAAAGUAGCAAAAAUAUGACUCAAACUGUAUUUAUGUUAUGUAUUUUAUUUAUUUAUUUAUUUUUGCUCUGACAAGUUAAAUGACCCAAAUUGUUGCUGUUAGUUUUUGACUAACGAACUGCGCAGUCCUGAUCAGCUCUCCAGCAACACGCUAAGCUUUUACAGAUUAGUUCCUGGACCAGAUCUGCUCGCUUUUAUUUCAUUUUUCCGGAUCUAAUCCCGACUGUUUCCCAGAGUCACAGGUUUUAAACAGUAAACCCAGUUUACAUGACGGUUCUGUUAAAGUCAAAAGCACUUAUUGACACAAAUAAUUCAGCUGAACAAAUCGCCAAGAACCCUGGAUCAGAUAACCUUCCUCUGGAUGUUUGGGAAAUAAUUUGGAUCAUUUUGGUGAAGGUUUGUAGCUUUAAUUGUUCAGAAAAAUAUUAGAAUAAACCCAGUUCAAUGUCUAAUCGGCUUUCUUUGCUUUAAUGAACGUUUAGUUCUAAACCGGUUCUUUUUUCAUCAGUAAUCCUCGUUACUUUCUUGGUUCCGUUUAAUACAGAAAUAAAGUGAAAGCAGAACUAAGACCUGAGUGAAAUUGGCCACCCACCUUCUUCAAAUCAGAUAAAAUAGAUGUCAAACAUUUGUGCAGCAAAAUGUUUCCUUUGUGCUGCUCACAUCAUUUUAAAGAUGCUAAGAAAUGCUUCUAGAGGUCAUGAAAGGUCAUGACCCCCUCCCCCCCCACACUUCAAAUCAGGUAGAAUUUGUGUCAAUCAACUCGGUUUGGUUUAUACUGCUUUACUUUUGAGAUAUUAAUUAAAGGUCAAAAGGUCAACCAGCCCCUGCCCCCUUUUGCAAACUCGAAAUGACCUUUAAACUUUUAUUAAUAUCUUCAAAGCCAAAGCAACAUAAACUAAAAAUUUAGCUCCACAAACGUACCCUCUAACAAAUAUUUGUAUGUGGUUCCGAGUCCUCCGACCGAUCAGAACCAGCCUCCUGUAACAUUCGGUUCUGGAUGGCUGAAGGCAGUCCGGGACAACAGCGCCCCCUGAAGGACUGGCUGUUCUCUGCGAUUGAAUGUGUCUCUGGCGUCCAGCAGGGGGCGCCGACGUGCUGCCAGCCUGUCGGGAUGAAAUGUUUACACCUGCUUUUGAUGAUGAUUCUUUCACAUAUUCACGUGUUUCUGUUAAUUCGUCACUCUGAUUGGUCCUCUCGGUGCCGCUCUGCCCACAGGUCCAAUCGGUUCUGAUCACCAGUUUCAUUUAGUUUCUACUAUGCCGUGCUCUGAAACAUGUUUCUGGAAGAUGAACCAGAUUAGAUUUUUUCCUUCGCUGUCAGAACGUUCUGGAGGUUUUAGUUCCUUUUUCUCAUCCUGGUUCUGAUCUGUUCGUUCAGGGAGCCUUUGUUCUGCUCCUCUCCACUCCGCUGCUGGUUUCCCAUGGCAACCGGCCGGUGCUGCGGUCGUCAUGGUAACAAGCUGAUACCACAGCCAAUCAGAGCAGGCGGUCGUCUCCUUUUAUAGAGGCACAUAGAGGUUGCAGGUCCAGGAACAGCGCCCUCUAUGGGCUGUGGGCUGAACCGGAUCUGAACCUGUUCAUGAAGUUCUGCCUCAGUCUGGAGAAUUUCACCGAGAUCCAGCCGGAGGUCCAUGUCACUUCCUGCCUGUUACCAUGGUAACUGCUGUUCUGUUCUCCGAUAUGUAUAUUCAAUAAAAUCUUGAGGCUACACAGAAGCACGCGUGAGACAACUCCAUCUUAGCAGGCGCUCUCCUUUAUUCUGUCCCCCGCCCCCAAACACAAUACAGCACAAAGGUUCCUAUCCACGGAUAGCCUGAUACUACAACUGCUGCUGUAGAACAGGUCAGGUUCCAGUUUCUAGAUGAGGUCAACCAAUCAAAGCCCAGAAAAGAUAAAGAUGAGGCCACACCUCUUCAUCACCAGGAGUGAUGCAUCUGUCUUCAUGAGAGCAUCUUUAAUCCUGAUGAAGAUGAUGCUGAUGAAGCUCUUCCUCUCCUGCUGGGCCCCUCUAACGCCUCUGUUCCGGUUCUUCUCCUAACCGGAUCUCGGUUUCAUCUCCAUGAACCGGCCAGGUUCUAAGGUUCGGAACAGCUCCCCCUGCUGGCCUGGAUCCCGCAUUAUUGACGGAGAUCCGGGUUCUUCGCGGUGAUUGGUCCGUUUAGCCCAUCUGGCCCAGAGUCGAAGAAUGACUUCAUUCACUCAGGUCAGAAGCAUCAGUUUCUUCUGCUUGGGUUCUGGUUCUAGGGUUGGGCUCGGAACCAGAACCUCCAUCUGGACCAGUCUGUUAUUGAGGUCCGGAUUGUUGAAUAUUGUGGAAAUAACAGAUUAUUUAUCUUUAUCUUCAGAUUAUUGCUGACUCAAAGACUUUCAACAAAACCUUGGAUGUUGUUUUACGUGUUAAAGAACUAUGAACACGAACUCAUUCAGUUCUAACUGGAACCAUUUCACAUUUCAAAUGUAUUUUUAAAGGGACAGUGCUCAACAAUAAACAUAAUUUAAGUUAACCUGAGUUAGCUAAAGGAAGCUAGUUUUCGAUUAUAGUCCAUUUAGCAGUUGUUCCAUAAAAAUUAACAAAAUUAAAAUAGUACAUUAUUAACAAUUACAUGACAAGAAAUCAUGAUAACUAGAGAAAGAAAAGCAGAACCAUUUCUGGGUCCUAGUGGAGGUGUUCUUCACUUGUUUUAUCUGGUCCCUUAAAGGUGUGCCUUCUUUUGUUACUUUCUUUUCUUUUAUGACUUUUAUUAAAUCUGAUUAAUAAAUGAACGGAACAUUUUUCUUAUCCUUUAUUCUUGUUUUUUCCUCGGGGGCCCCUUGUUUUCCCGCCCUGGGCCCCAGAAAGCGCCCGGCCCGCCCUGCUGCACCUCCUCUUUAUCAUCAGCUUCAUCCUGGAGACGGACAGCCAUGAUGUCUGCCGCUUCUUCUUCCUCCUGCUGCUGAAAACCACGGGAUGAAGCUCCUCUUCUUCCCGCUGGUCCGGAUUCUGUAGCGGAUUCGGAACCCGCCGGACCGCUGGUUCGGUUCAGUCUAGCAGCAGCAGAUGUUCGGCCGCCUCGCUGACGCUGCGACACGGUUUGUUUACGUGCGAAGAGGAUGAAGAUCCGGAGAUCCAGGAGGAAGAACGACGACAGGAAGCUCCAGUGAUGCCGAACAUCUCAUCUGUGACGCUGCGAUAUAGAAAUGGUGUAUGCUCAGUCCACAAACAGAGUUGGUGUGAAUCCCUCCUCCUACUCCCCGUUCUUCAAGAAUCAGAUGUCAUUUAACUUCUCCAAGAAAGAGAACUUCACUGUGCUGGCUGCCUUGCCCACCACUGCACUCUACAGCCUCGAGGGCUCGACCCCCAGGCAGCCCAACGCCACCGCCACCUCCGGCGACCUGUCCUCAGGGGAGGUCGCCAUCCUGGGCCUGGUGUUCGGCUUCCUCUGGCUGGUCUCCAUCCUGGGAAAUGCCCUUGUUUGCCUGGUCAUCCACAGGAGCAGGCGGACUCAGUCCACUACCAACUACUUUGUGGUGUCCAUGGCGUGUGCAGACCUGCUCAUGAGCCUGGGCUGGGCUCCGUUUGUCCUUCUGCAGGUGGCUGCAGGACAAUGGCCACUGAGCGCUGCUGCCUGCAAGGUUGUUCGUUACCUGCAGCACCUGUGCCCUGGUGUUCAGGUUUAUGUGCUGCUGUCCAUCUCUGUGGACCGCUUCUACACCAUUGUCUAUCCGCUCAGCUUCAAGGUGUCCAGAGAAAAGGCCAAGAAGAUGAUUCUGGCCUCAUGGUUGUUUGAUGCAGCCUUUAUUGCCCCCUGUUUCUUCUUUUAUGGCUCUGCAGACAGUCAUUGUGACUUUUUCCUCCCAAGCAGUUGGGGCAGUAUCACCUACGCUGCAUUUCACCUUCUAGUUGGCUUUCUGGUCCCAGUUGGACUCAUCAUUUCCUUCUACCAGCGAGUGGUUCGCUACAUCUGGAGGAUCGGCGCUGACGGCCAUACGGUGCGUCGGACCAUGAACAUCGUCCCGCGGACUAAAGUUAAGACCAUCAAGAUGUUCCUCAUGCUGAACUCAGUUUUCUUCCUCACCUGGACGCCCUUCUACGUGGCCCAGCUGUGGCACCCUGAGGAGGUCGACACGCCCAGCAGGAAGGAGCUGCUGUUCUUCACAACCAUCGCUUGGGUCUGCUUUAGCUCCACGGCCUCCAAACCCACCCUGUACUCCGUCUACAAUGCCAACUUCAGGCGCGGCAUGCGGGAGACCUUCUGUAUGUCAUCCAUGAAGUGCUACCGCAGCAACGCUUACACCAUCACUGCCAGCUCCCGGAUGGCCAAGAAAAACUACGUUGGGGUGGUGGAAAUCCCAGUCCAAGCUAAGACCAUCACCAAGGACUCGGUGUACGAUGCGUUUGACCGGGAGGCGAAGAAGAAGAAGGUAGCCUGGCCCACCAAUACCAACCCACCCAACACUUUCGUUUGAGCAACUGAGCCAACGCCACGGUUAUAGGGCGCCAUUUGUCAAGUUACACAGUAAAAUAUUACCAGCAAUAAUUUGGUUUAUUUAGCCUGUUAUAGAAGACAAUGUGCAACUAAACAUUUAGAUAUCAAGCUAAAUAUUUAGCUUGCUAUCCAAAUACUUGCUAGUUAAAUAUUGCGGUUGUAACUGAAUAUUUAUCUAAUAAAAUUACUAUCCGAUGUUUAGUUAUAUUUAAUUUGAAAUAAAUAUUUGAUUUGGAGGUACUAUCCAGAUUAAAUGUUUAUUUUGCUAACCAAAUAUUGAGUUACAACCUAAAUAUUUACUUUGCAAGCUAAACACCCACAUUUGUUCUCUAAAUACUUGAAAGCUAAAUAUUUAGCUUGUAAGCUAAAUAUCUAAUUAAACAUUGAAGUUAGAACCCUUACAUUUAUAAAUGCAUGAAUAACUUGAAGACUAGACUUUGAAAAACAAGCAGCCACAUUUUUUCUUUGAGAGGCCAAAUAAACCAAAUUAGUUGUGUUAAUGUCUUCCUGUGUGACUGAACACUGAGACUCCCAGAUUGUUUGUUGGUUUAAAGGGCUUCUUUCUGAUUGGUCCGCGCUCCUGGCAGCCAUGUUUUCUACGUCACGUCUCAUGUUUUCAUGUUGCUUCCUGAGCGCAGCCAAUGAACAUCAACAGCUACUUGUGCGAUUUGUGAGCUAGAAGCUAACGUUAGUAAAGACUAACGUAGUGCUGACGUCAUGUGUUGCUUCAAGAGACGUUAGCAGAACCGUGAAGCUGGUUCUGAUUACCUCAACUGGACCGAAGCCGAAGAGUUAAUUGGAUGUAGUGUGGCCGGUAGGUGGCGCUGUAGGCUGUCUUUAGCUGUUACCACUCAGAACCGGAACCAGAAUCAGAAGGAACCCGGUUCUGGUAAAUGAUGUAAAAAUGAAAUAAAGGAAGCCGAGAAUUUUCA